GAGCCGCGGGCAAGAGGGGAACUUUGUGGGGUACCAUGUCGACCGUGGUGGCUCAGUCGCUGCAUGUUUUUGGUCUUCGAUCCCACGUGGCCAACAAUAUCUUCUUCUUCGAUGAACAGAUCGUUAUAUUUCCUUCGGGAAAUCACUGUGUGAAAUACAAUGUGGAUCAGAAGUGGCAAAAAUUCAUUCCAGGCUCAGACAAGAGUCAGGGCAUGCUGGCCUUGUCCAUCAGUCCCAAUCGGCGAUACCUCGCUAUCUCCGAGACUGUGCAAGAAAAACCCGUCAUCACCAUUUAUGAACUGUCAUCCAUCCCUUGCCGGAAGCGCAAAAUCCUUAAUAAUUUUGACUUUCCCGUUCAGAGAUUUAUUAGCAUGGCUUUUUCUCCAGACUCCAAAUACCUGUUGACUCAGACAUCACCUCCAGAAUCAAACCUUGUCUAUUGGCUGUGGGAGAAACAGAAAAUCAUGGCUAUUAUUAGAACCGACUCUCAGAACAAUGCUGUCUACCAGGUGAGCUUCAAUCCUCAGGAUAACACUCAGGUUUGUGUCACUGGAAAUGGGAUGUUUAAGCUCCUCCGUUUUGCUGAGGGAACCCUGAAGCAAACCAAUUUUCAGAGGGGAGAACCCCAAAACUACCUAGCCCACACCUGGGUGUCUGAUGACAAGAUCAUCGUUGGCACUGAUACAGGCAGGCUCUUCCUCUUUGAAUCCGGAGAUCAGCGCUGGGAGACAAGUAUAAUGGUCAAGGAGCCCACCAGUGAGACCAAGAACCCGGGGAAGAUCCAGGAAUCAGAGAGCCUGAUCGAAUUUCCAACCAUCAGUUCCCCGGUCCCUUCCUAUGAACAAGUCAUGUUGGCCAGUAGCCACAGCCAGCUGGCCAUGCCCCAGGUGUUCGCCCUUGCAGCCUAUUCAAAGGGAUUCGCCUGUUCUGCUGGGCCAGGCAGAGUUUUACUGUUUGAGAAGAUGGAAGAGAAGGAUUUUUACCGAGAGAGCAGGGAAAUCCGGAUUCCUCUGGACCCACAGAGCAAUGAGCCAAGUCAGUCUGACAAGCAGGACAUCCUCUGCCUGUGCUUCAGUCCCUCAGAGGAAACCCUGGUUGCCAGCACCAGCAAGAACCAACUCUACAGCAUCACCAUGUCCCUGACAGAGAUCAGCAAGGCUCAGAUUAUGUUGGAGCUAAAGACUCGUGUGGAAGAAUUAAAAAUGGAAAAUGAGUAUCAGCUUCGACUGAAGGACAUGAACUACUCUGAGAAGAUUAAGGAGCUAACAGAUAAGUUCCUCCAGGAAAUGGAGUCCUUGAAAACGAAAAACCAGGUUUUAAGAACAGAAAAAGAAAAGCAGGAUGUGUCCCAUCGGGAACGCAUUGAGGACCUGCUAGACAAACAGAACCGUGAACUGCAGGACCUGGAAUGUUGCAACAACCAAAAGUUGCUUCUAGAAUAUGAGAAGUACCAGGAAUUGCAGCUCAAAUCCCAGAGGAUGCAGGAAGAGUAUGAAAAACAGCUUCGGGAUAACGAUGAGACCAAGAGCCAGGCCCUGGAGGAGCUGACUGAGUUUUACGAGGCCAAACUGCAGGAAAAAACCACCCUUCUGGAAGAGGCACAGGAAGAUGUCAGGCAGCAGCUGCGGGAGUUUGAAGAGACCAAGAAACAGAUUGAAGAGGAUGAAGACCGAGAAAUCCAAGAUAUCAAAACCAAGUACGAGAAAAAGCUUCGGGAUGAGAAGGAAUCAAACCUGCGGCUCAAAGGAGAAACGGGCAUCAUGAGGAAGAAGUUCAGCAGCCUGCAGAAGGAGAUCGAAGAGCGAACCAAUGACAUUGAGAGCCUGAAGGGGGAGCAGGUGAAGCUGCAAGGGGUCAUUAAGUCCCUGGAGAAGGACAUCCUGGGCCUCAAGCGGGAAAUCCAGGAAAGAGACGAGACGAUUCAAGAUAAGGAGAAGCGCAUCUAUGAUCUGAAAAAGAAAAACCAAGAACUAGAGAAAUUCAAGUUUGUACUUGACUACAAAAUAAAGGAGCUGAAGAAGCAAAUAGAACCACGAGAGAAUGAGAUCAAGGUGAUGAAGGAACAGAUUCAGGAGAUGGAAGCAGAACUGGAGCGUUUCCAUAAGCAGAACAUGCAGCUGGAGCUGAACAUCACGGAACUGUGGCAGAAACUACGAGCCACUGAUCAGGAGAUGCACAGAGAGAGACAGAAGGAGCGGGACUUGGAGGCGUUGGUCAAACGGUUUAAGACAGACCUUCACAACUGUGUGGCGUACAUUCAGGAACCCCGGCUCCUGAAGGAGAAGGUCCGAGCUCUCUUUGAGAAGUACGUGCAGCGGGCAGACAUGGUGGAGAUCGCAGGGCUGAACACGGACCUGCAGCAGGAGUAUGCCCGUCAGCGGGAGCACCUGGAGAGAAACCUGGCCACUCUCAAGAAGAAGGUGGUCAAGGACAGUGAGCUGCACCGCACUGAAUAUGUCCGCAUCAUGCAGGAUCCUUCAUCGGGCUGUGCGGAAAGCGCUGACCCCAUUAUGGCCGCCCCCACUUGCGCACAUUAUCAGGACUGCCAGUCAGGAUUCUACUGCCAGAUUUCUGUUUGA